UCUUUUAAAAGAAAUUCAUCUCACCACCUCCCCAGUACCACCAGUGUACAGCUCCUAACGGGUUCCGCUUUGUUUUUACGACUCCCCCCCCCCCCUCACGAAUCACUUGUCAGAUCAAUUUUACCUUCUCCCUCCUCCCUACUUCCCACUCUCCCCUCCUCCCCUUCCAAACCCCGUUCUCCGAGGUUAGACAUUUUACAAGCUAGCUAUGCUGUUUUUCGAAUUGUGACUUUUUUUUUACCCCCUCCUCCCAUAUCUACUCUUCUAGACGUUUAUUUUCGCCCUUCCCCCGCCUAGCGGGGCGGGGGGUAAGGGAAGAGAAAAUAAUACAAUUUCAGGGGAAGUCGCCUUCAGGUCUGCUGCUUUUUUAAAAAAAAAAUAAUAAUAAUAAUAAAAAGGACAUAGAAAACAACAGUCUUGAACUUCACUUCAAGAACCCCGGCUGCAAAGGAAAUCUCCUUUGUUUUGUUAUUUAUAUGCUGUCAAGUUUUGAAGUGUUCUGGCAGGUGAUCUGUAAGACAGUGACUGAGUAUGGAUCAUUUGAACGAGGCAACUCAGGGGAAAGAGCAUUCAGAAAUGUCUAACAAUGUGAGUGAUCCGAAGGGCCCACCAGCCAAGAUUGCCCGCCUGGAGCAGAACGGGAGCCCGCUAGGAAGAGGAAGGCUUGGGAGCACAGGUGGAAAGAUGCAGGGCGUGCCUUUAAAACACUCGGGCCAUCUCAUGAAAACCAACCUUAGGAAAGGAACCAUGCUACCAGUUUUCUGCGUGGUGGAACAUUAUGAAAACGCCAUUGAGUAUGAUUGCAAGGAGGAGCAUGCAGAGUUUGUGUUGGUGAGAAAGGAUAUGCUUUUCAACCAGCUGAUAGAGAUGGCGUUGCUGUCUCUAGGCUAUUCACACAGCUCUGCUGCCCAAGCCAAAGGGCUCAUCCAGGUUGGGAAGUGGAAUCCAGUUCCACUGUCGUAUGUGACAGAUGCCCCUGAUGCCACAGUGGCAGAUAUGCUUCAAGAUGUAUAUCAUGUGGUAACUCUCAAAAUCCAGUUACACAGUUGCCCCAAACUAGAAGACUUGCCUCCUGAACAAUGGUCGCACACCACAGUAAGGAAUGCUCUGAAGGACUUACUGAAAGAUAUGAAUCAGAGUUCGUUGGCCAAGGAGUGCCCCCUUUCACAGAGUAUGAUCUCCUCCAUUGUGAACAGCACGUACUAUGCAAAUGUCUCAGCAGCAAAAUGUCAAGAAUUUGGAAGGUGGUACAAACAUUUCAAGAAGACAAAGGAUAUGAUGGUUGAAAUGGAUAGUCUGUCUGAACUAUCCCAGCAAGGCGCCAACCAUGUCAAUUUUGGCCAGCAGCCUGUCCCAGGAAACACAGCUGAGCAGCCUCCAUCCCCUGCCCAGCUCUCCCAUGGCAGCCAGCCGUCUGUCCGGACCCCUCUUCCGAACCUGCACCCUGGGCUUGUGUCAACACCUAUCAGUCCUCAGCUGGUCAACCAGCAGCUGGUGAUGGCCCAGUUGCUGAACCAGCAGUAUGCAGUGAACAGACUCUUAGCCCAGCAGUCCUUAAACCAGCAGUACUUGAACCACCCUCCCCCUGUCAGUAGGUCUAUGAACAAGCCUUUGGAGCAGCAAGUUUCCACGAACACAGAGGUCUCUUCCGAAAUCUACCAGUGGGUGCGGGAUGAACUGAAACGAGCCGGAAUCUCGCAGGCCGUGUUUGCGCGGGUGGCUUUUAACCGAACUCAGGGAUUGCUUUCUGAAAUCCUCCGAAAAGAAGAGGACCCCAAGACUGCAUCCCAGUCUCUGCUGGUAAACCUUCGGGCUAUGCAGAAUUUCUUACAGUUGCCAGAAGCUGAAAGAGACCGGAUAUACCAGGAUGAGAGGGAAAGGAGUUUGAAUGCCGCCUCAGCUAUGGGUCCUGCCCCGCUGCUCAGCACACCCCCCAGCCGCCCUCCCCAGGUGAAAACAGCUACCCUUGCCACUGAGAGGAAUGGGAAGCCAGAGAACAAUACUAUGAACAUUAAUGCCUCCAUUUAUGAUGAGAUUCAGCAGGAAAUGAAGCGUGCUAAAGUGUCCCAGGCACUGUUUGCAAAGGUUGCCGCCACAAAAAGCCAGGGAUGGUUGUGUGAGCUGUUGCGCUGGAAAGAAGAUCCUUCUCCGGAAAACAGGACCCUGUGGGAGAACCUGUCGAUGAUCCGGAGAUUCCUCAGUCUGCCUCAGCCUGAGCGCGACGCCAUCUACGAGCAAGAGAGCAAUGCCGUGCAUCACCAUGGCGACAGACCUCCCCACAUCAUCCAUGUUCAAGCAGAACAGAUUCAGCAGCAGCAGCAACAGCAGCAGCAGCAGCAACAGCAGCCACCGCCACCACCUCCGCAGCCGCAGCCGCAGCCCCAGGCGGGCCCCAGGCUCCCCCCACGGCAGCCCACCGUGGCCUCAUCCGCAGAGUCCGAUGAGGAAAACCGGCAGAAGACCAGGCCACGAACCAAAAUUUCCGUGGAAGCCCUGGGGAUCCUUCAGAGUUUCAUCCAAGAUGUGGGCCUGUACCCGGAUGAAGAGGCCAUCCAGACUCUGUCGGCACAGCUGGACCUCCCGAAGUACACCAUCAUCAAGUUCUUUCAGAACCAGCGGUACUACCUUAAGCACCACGGCAAGCUGAAGGACAACUCCGGCUUGGAGGUGGAUGUGGCCGAGUACAAGGAUGAGGAGUUGCUCAAGGAUUUGGAAGAGAGUGUCCAGGAUAAAAACGCCAACACCCUUUUCUCAGUGAAACUAGAGGAAGAGCUGUCCGUGGAAGGGAGCACAGACAUUAAUGCCGACUUGAAAGACUGAGAGAACAGUAUUAUUUUCAGCCGCACCACUGGUAUUUCCUAACAACAUGAGAAGUCCACCUUGUGUUCGCUCAGAAAAACCUUCAUUGUUUAUCGUUUGGCCAAUGAAUCUUCGGAAACUUGCACAAACAGGAAGUGGGAAGGACAGGACAGACUGCACUCAAGGUUUUACUGUUUUACAAACUGCUUGGCAGCCCCAGGCAAAGCGUCAAGGAUUGUUCGGUAGAAUUUGUGUUCAAGGGCUGCACCCAGGUGUUGUUCCCUUACGGCAUGCUACCAGAAAUUGGUUUUCCUUUUGAUUAUUAUUAUUCUGGAGCCUCAAAUAAGCAUUAUAACUUCUGUGAUUAUGAUUGCCUUUUCUUUAAUUAUUUCUGUAACACUCCUCACUAGUCUUUGGAAACUGGCCCCUUAUUUUAAAGAGAAAAAGGAAAAAAGAGAGCGAGUUUGUUACUCGAUUGUAUGUUAAAAAAGAACUAUAGACUGUGGAAUGCAGUUUAAAGAUGACAUAUGCCAACAAAUGCCUUGUAUCAUAUGGCACUGCCGUAAUUAAAAUUUGUUUUUUAUUUUGGAAAUAAAAGUUCACUGUAAUUUUUUUUUCAUCCUCAUUGUUACAUGAUUUUUUUUUUUUUUUAAGGAAAAGAAAAUGUGAAACACAAUUUAGUCGUGUUAUUUAUUUGUAGAUCCCACAGUAUCGUGUCAUGAUUAAGUUUUUCGGAGAUUUCUGUUACAUGUAAUGUUGCUUCUCUUGUUACCAUACUGAUUUCCUUUCUAUUUAUACCUGUAUUUUGAUGGGCAGUAAAACAAAGUGUCUUAAAAGUUUUAAAUAGAGAAAAUGUGCUUUACACAGUUGCCUAUAAAAGUCUAUGUUAUCCAAGCAAUUCACUCUAGAUGCUUCGGUCUCCUUGUUGUAUGCAAUUUUUACUAUCAUGCAAAUAAGCUUAGGUAAAUAAAACUAAUAGAUCACCUUAGAAAAUUAUGCAAUUAAUGUGAAAAUAAUUGAUGUUUGCAAUGUGUCUUCCUUUGGUUUACAAUCAAUCUUAAAGCGACAUCUGUAUAAAGUUUCUGUAUAAAGGUGUAUUUCUUUUUUAUGAGUUUCUGGCUAUGAAAACACCAGCUAUUUUGUUACAGCUGCUGUUUUUAUAAGUGUAUCACAGUUUUCUUUAUGCAGAAAUGUGCUGAUUAGGAGUGGUUAUCGACUGUAACUACACGAUUAAAAUUGUUUGUAUGGUA